AUGAUAAAUUUAUCUGACAGAGAGAAGGAGCUUAUCGAAGAGAUUUGCGCAAAAAAUAAUAAGUCAAAUAAAAAGAGUAAUCAAGAUUAGGGAAGUCAAAAAUUAGUCAGCCAAUCUAGUACCAAAAUCUUAGUGUCUAAAUUGGAACGUAAAUUGAAUGAUACAUUAAAAGAAGUGGAUGAACAAAAUAGUGGACAAAUUGAUUUCUAACAAUUAGGACGAUUAUUCACAUUGCUUGACAUAUUCUAAGCUAUCUCAGGCACAAGGUCUCAACAAUCCUAUGCAAAAGUAACACCAAAUCUUUAAGGUAGACAAUAAGAAGUAGAUUUGCAUGAGAAAGCAUUUGCAAUUAUUUCUAACGAUGAAGAGAAGGUUGAUAUACAAGCUGCCUUUUGUUUGUUUAGAAUCAUCUUGGAUCCCAAUUAAUUAGAACCAUCUAAAUGCGCUAUUUUAAUCAAAGAAUAUUUAGAGAAGAUUUCUGACAAAGAAUUUGAUUUUGAAGCAAUCCACAAAUUUUGUUCAGAAUUCUAAGCAUAUCAAAAGACAAGACUAUCUGGAGCUAAAAUAGGCUAUUUAAAAGCAUCUCUAGCAUAAAAUUUAAUAGAAACUUAUGAAAAGACUUUGACAUUCAAACCAACAAUCAACCCUAUAAGUGAAGCUCUUCAAUAAUAAUCAGGAAAGAAGGAAAAUCAAGAAUCAUCAUCACAAUUAUCAUCAGGACUUGCAGAAAGUAGAGUGAAUGAACUUUAUAAAAAGAAGGAAUUAUCCAAUCAGAAGAUUGAGUUUUUAAAGCAGGAAAAACUAAUGAAAGACAUGCAAGAGUGUACAUUCAAACCACAAAUCAUCUCAAAAAAAGAAUUACCCAAUGUGGUAGAUAGGUUAUAUUAAGUGAAGAAUAGAUAGGAAAUAGAAGAACGAGCUAAAAUAGCUGAAUAAGAGAAGGAGGAAUCAGAAUAUAGUAAAUGCUCAUUCCACCCUCAAAUUAAUUACUCCAUGCCUGAAUCACAGUCUACUGGAAUUGGAGGAUAUUGGGAAGCCAUUGAGAGAAUGAGGAGAGCCAAUGACAGGAAACAUUUAAAAGAUCUGAAGUUGAAUCAUAAACCCAGUGGAGAGAACUAUGAGAAAGUGAAGAAUCAACCCUUCUCUCCUCCUGAAAUGCUAUAGAGAGGGUAACUCAAAAAGGAAUUACCAAUCCUUUAUAUUGACAUAAAAUUGGGACCAAGAAAAGUGGGACGAUUAGCAUUGAGAAGGAAUGAUGACGUUGAAGAAGUAGUUAAAUCCUUUUGCAAGGUUUGGGGAGUGGGACAGUAAGAUUAUGAGCUCUUAGUCAAUCAAGUUAGGGAAAAUCUUCAAAGUGUCAUUCAAGAGACAGAUGAAUCCCAAAUUUGAUUGUGAAAAUGUAUACUUAUUUAUAGAAUAACAUUAUAUAGAUAUAUAUA